AUGUACAUUGCGGCCUCGGCUCGGUGGUUCUGCUUCCUCACCUGGAUCUGCGCUGUCGUGCAUCCAGCCUCAGCAAAGGAUGCCCCCACGGUGAUUGCCGGCAUGAAUAACCUUCGCCAAAGUGUUGACUCGGCUCAAGCGGUGUUCAACGGCUACGAUGGUGGGUGGAUGUCGUCGUGGGAACUGGCCCGUGCCGUCUGGGACGUCUAUGCCCAAACCAAGUCGGCUCGGGGAGAGUGGGAUUCCGCCCCAGCCUUCAAAGACGAUGAAGUGCCAGACAUCUUAGUCGCCUACCAUUCUAUGAGGCAAUCCGUUGCAGACACGCUGGGUGCGGCUGGCAGCAAGGGAUCGAUGUAUGAUAAGAGCGGUGUAAGGCUCAUGGCAGUCGCAAUAAUGCAGAUGUUCGAGAACGAGCGUAGCUCCUUCCAGGAAGCGGCGCGGGCGAAGAUCCCCGAAGCGUUCCAUGAUGAUAUUGCGGGUCCAGUGGCCAAUCUUGGCAACGAGUUUCAGAGCGCCAUGAAGGCUCUCGCAUGA